UAUCUGUUGAUCAUUAAAAUGUUUUCAAAGCCGGUUGUAAAUCGUGGUAUUGUGUGUGGCUGUUGUGAUUACAAAAUUGGAAGAUACGACGAGUCGAUUGAAUGUGCAAAAUGUGCGAAGACUUAUCAUAUCAAUUGUGUCGACUUAAGUAUUGAAAGAGUACAUGAAUUAGUAAGUUCUAACGAGAUUAAAAUUUGGGAAUGCCAUUUCUGCAUCGAUGGAUCCUCUCCACCUUCUACGUGUGCCCCGGAGACUGCUGUUCAACAGGUGACGCUCGAUCAUAUUUACGCACUUAUGAUUACAAUUAAAGACAACCAGGAUUCCUUUUCUAAAUCACUAGAUGCCUGCCACGACAAAAUUGAUGAUAACUCAAAAAUGUUACAACUGCAGGAUAAAAAGAUUCAAGACUGCUUAAAUAAAAUUGAAGCGCUAGAAGCCAAUAACAAAAAUCUGUUGAAGGAGAAUAAUGAGUUAAAGUUGAGGGUCAACGACUUGGAACAAUAUUCUCGUCAAAAUUGCAUCGAAAUAGCUGGUGUUCCAGAACUGAAGGAAGAAAACGUGCUUAAUACGGUAACUGCAGUUGGCCACGCCAUAGGUUUUACGCUGGAUAAAACUAGGGUGGAUGCAUGUCAUCGGCUGAGGAAAAACGGAAACAAACCCAAUGAACCGCGAGGCAUUAUUAUAAAAUUCGUUAGUAGGCUGGAUAAAGAGGACAUGAUGGCCCAUAAGCGAGUUAAACGUAAUAUGUGUGUGCGCGACUUAGCGAACCAUGGCUAAAUGAAGAUCAAGCAAGUUGUGUAAGAAUAAACGACUACACUUUACUAUCAAGCUACUAUAGGGAACUCAAAAAAGGUGGAGGUAGUGCCAUCUUUGUUAAAAAUAGCAUAUUGAACGUAAGUAAAGCGCUCAAUUUUGUUAGUAAACUCUCGAUUGAAGAUAUUUUUGAAUGCAGUGGAAUUUCUAUUAACAAUAACGCGUGUGUCAUAGCUAUGUAUCGCCCGUGCAAUAGAGAUGUCAGUAAAAUUAGAACAUUCUUUAAUCAAUUUGAUAUAUUGUUAACUAAAUUGCAGAAAAGGUUUAGUUAUAUUUAUAUUUGCGGGGAUUUGAACAUAAACCAGUUGUAUAAGGAUAAUACAUUGGAAGCACUUACUGAUCUACUUAAUACACAUAAGUUAAAAUCUGUCAUUAAGGAAAUCACAAGAAUUCAACAACUACCUCAAGUUUCUCAUGUCAGCCAGUCCGCAAUAGACUACAUUAUUACCAAUAGUGAUGAAACCAUCGAAGAUCGUUCUAAUUUCAAUGUAGGAUUUUCUGAUCAUUUUGCACAAUGCAUCACAAUAAAUCUUACAACGCAUGGUCUUCAAAAUAAAGCUAGUAGUAGUGAUAGAAUUAUAAGACGUGAGUUCUCCAAUGCAAAUAUUAAUGAAUUUUUAUACCUACUUGGCAUUUACAACAUAAAUUAUUACGAAACAAUUAUCGAUGCGAACAAGCGAUUUAAUACCUUUUACGACCAUUUUACAUGGUGCUUUGAUAUUGCAUUUCCUAAAAAAUGUACAACUAAAAACAGAGUGCCUCCCAAAAAUAAAAUAAAAUUUUCCUUAGAACUACAACAAAAAUACAAUAAAUAUAAAAAUCUUAUGGCAAUUAACGAUUGUAUUAACGAUGACAGACUCAAAAAACAGUUAAAAAUGGAACGUAAGUCAUUGCUUAAGGAAAUAAAUCUGGAAAAGGGCAACUACGUUGCAAACCUUAUUAAUAAAUCAGAAAAUAAAUCCAAAGCCUUGUGGAAUUUGAUUAAACCGCCAUCGUCGAGCAAGCAUAUCCCUAAUAUAUCCCUAACUGCCAACCACUUUGCCCAAUACUUUGAGCACUCAAUCACCCCCAAGCAAUGUUCGGCAACAACAAGUAAGAAACCUAGGGGUUCUCAUUAUAAUAAUACGUUUUUCUUCUAUCCCAGCACCUCCAGCGAAGUUUACAAUAUCAUACACUCAUUAAAGAAUAAGAAAUCUACGGGUAUUGAUGAAAUCCCAAAUGAGUUGUUGAAGGCUUGUUCAAAUGUCAUUUCUCCCGUAUUAUCUGGAAUAAUUAACCAUUGCGUAACCCAGGGUUGUUUUCCCGACAAGUUAAAAACAUCUUGUGUUAUACCUAUUCAUAAAAAGGGUUCAAUACAAGAUGCCUCAAACUACAGGGCAAUUUCUCUGCUGAGUGCGUUCUCAAAAGUUUUUGAAAAAUGUCUCUGCUCAAGGAUAUCAUCCUUUCUCGAGAAACACAACAUUUUAUCCAACAGACAAUUUGGUUUUCGCUCCGGAAAAUCCACGGAAAUGGCAAGCGCACAACUAAUGCAACAUAUACACAAUGAAUUAGAUCUCAACAAA